AUAUGUUUCCCUUGUGGUCAUGUAGGUGAGACGGGCAUCGGCAAAUCCACGUUAAUGGACACUUUAUUCAACACCAAAUUUGAAAGUGACCCAGCUACUCACAAUGAACCAGGUGUCCGGUUAAAAGCCAGAAGUUACGAGCUUCAGGAAAGCAAUGUACGGCUGAAGUUAACCAUCGUCGACACUGUGGGAUUUGGAGACCAGAUAAAUAAAGAUGACAGCUAUAAGCCAAUAGUGGAAUAUAUCGACGCCCAAUUCGAGGCCUACCUGCAAGAGGAAUUGAAGAUCAAACGUUCUCUCUUCAACUACCACGACACCAGGAUCCACGCCUGUCUCUACUUCAUUGCCCCCACCGGCCAUUCCCUGAAGUCUCUGGACCUAGUCACCAUGAAAAAGCUGGACAGCAAGGUGAACAUCAUUCCAAUAAUUGCAAAAGCUGACACCAUUGCCAAAAACGAACUGCACAAAUUCAAGAGUAAGAUCAUGAGUGAACUAGUCAGCAAUGGCGUCCAGAUAUAUCAGUUCCCCACAGAUGAAGAAACGGUGGCGGAGAUUAAUGCAACAAUGAGCGUCCAUCUCCCGUUUGCAGUGGUCGGCAGCACCGAAGAGGUGAAGAUCGGCAACAAGAUGGCAAAGGCCAGGCAGUACCCCUGGGGCGUGGUGCAGGUUGAGAAUGAAAACCAUUGUGAUUUUGUGAAACUUCGGGAGAUGCUAAUCCGCGUGAAUAUGGAAGAUUUGCGAGAGCAGACUCACACCCGCCAUUAUGAGUUGUAUCGGCGCUGUAAGCUCGAGGAGAUGGGCUUCAAGGACACUGACCCUGACAGCAAGCCUUUCAGCCUUCAGGAGACCUACGAAGCGAAAAGAAAUGAAUUUCUGGGAGAACUUCAGAAGAAAGAAGAAGAAAUGAGGCAAAUGUUUGUGAUGAGAGUGAAGGAGAAAGAAGCUGAACUUAAGGAGGCGGAGAAAGAGCUCCAUGAGAAGUUUGACCUCCUGAAGCGGACACACCAAGAAGAGAAGAAGAAGGUGGAAGACAAGAAGAAGGAGCUAGAGGAGGAGGUGAACAAUUUCCAGAAGAAGAAAGCAGCCGCUCAGCUACUACAGUCCCAGGCACAGCAGUCUGGGGCCCAGCAAACCAAGAAAGACAAGGAUAAGAAAAAUGCAAGCUUCACAUAAAGCCUGGCAAGCCAAGGAUGGUCCCGCAUUCACCUGCUUUUGCAGUAAUAUUGUAUCUCUGCCAUCUGUGUCCUUUUGUUUUAUUUUAUUUUAUUUUUUUACCCUUCCCCAGACACCAAUAACUAUUAACUCAUUUUGCUGAAUGUUGUUGGGUAGUGGAAAAUGAUAGAACGAGAGAGUAACACCAAAAGCUAUGUGCAGCUGGACUUUGUUUCUGGAAAGUAAAUGAUUUGCCUUUUAUGCCUGUUCAGAGUGGCAGCAGGAAGCAUGCCUGUUGCUUGUAUGUUGCUUUGGACCGAGGGAUGGAGAGCCACUGGCUCCAUGUACGUCUGUCAGGAGAACUUCUCACCGCCUCAGCAGCCGAACUAUCACCCCGAAUACCCAUGACAACAGUUUGCUUUUCUUGAUUUCUCAUCUCCAUGGUGGCAGAAGCCCUGAACUCACUCUGCCUCUUCUCUGUACCAGCCCCAAACCAAGGUAGCUUCCUACAUAGGCAGAAUGGUGGGUCAGCUUUUUAGGACUUUCACACGCGCAUGGAUUUUUCAUUAUUAUAAUAGCAUUAUUUGGCCUGUACCAUGGGUCUCUUCAGACCAUCCCCUCUCACAGCUUUAAAAAUGUGUCUAAAUCCCCCUCUCCCCAAUCCUGGCCAAGUUGGACCGUAAUGAGAAAGCUGAUUAUGUUCCCUUUUAUCAGCGCAACCUUUACCCUGUCCUAGUCAGCGAUCUGCAGGGUCAGGUCAUGUGAUGUGGCCUAGUAGCAACAUCCUGCGCUAAUGGCGACGGGCUUUCCACAGCCUCCCUACUGCUCACAGUAAGCUCUCUCUCCUACUCUCUGUGGGCAAUGGCUGGUUCUAGCACAUCAGUACUUCUAACUGUACUUUUCAAUAAUCGGGAGGAGAAAAUUCCAACAGAAAAUUUCUUAUCAACUGCAUAUCAUCUGCAGACCAAUUCUGAGGGGACCGCAUCAGUUUCAGGUAGGAAUAGGGAGGAACGUGACACAAACCCACGAGUGGGGAAGGUAGAAAUUCAGCUGCACAUCCAGCUGCCCUGCAUAGUCUCUUUCUCACAUUUGGCAAUAAAGGCAAGAGGGAAAUAGAGCAGCUGGUCCUUCAAAUCCAGUUGUCCUGAAGGACUCUCCUCACCGUUUUCCUCACCACGACUAGUGCCACCUGCUCUUUGUGUCCGAGCCCGUCGCCCUGUCCACAAGGAUUAGGGCCAACCCAUAGGCCAUGACACAGACUCCAUACCACAUUUGUGUGGGAGGAGGCAUAUUUAAUCUCUCUUCUGUACUAUUCCUUUGUGAGGCUUAUCCUUUCCUCUUCUUGAUUUUUCUCCCCUCUACUAACAAGAGCCUCCCGGCUUCUAACUCUGCAGUCUCCUAUUUCUUACUUGAAAGAAUAAUAUUUCUCCUGACUGCACCUGUCGCUUCCUCCUGGCCUUCACUACUCGUACAUGAGGUGAAUAGGGCAGAGUACAUUGUAUCUCCCGGACAAACGAACACACACACACCUUUUGUCUUUGUUGUUGUUUUAAAUAAGUCUCUAGUUGAUUCCAAUGAAGUUUUUUUUUCCCUUCUCUUCAUCCUCAACCAUACUUUUAGGGGAAAAAAGUUAUGGUCUUCCGUGAACUGAUGGAGACCUAAUUAGGCGAAGUAAAGAUGCAGUUUCCCUGAAGGCCAAACCAGGCUGGGCUCGGAACUGCAAGCCAGAAGCAGCAGUGGUGGUAUAAAGACAGCCUUAGGACCUGGACCAAUGUUUUUGUUUUGUUUUUUAAUGAUUCUGGCCCAGAGCUAGCUGUGGAGGAGUGCAUACCAGACGGCAUGCCGGUUCGAGCCGUGGCUGCGUUUGCUCCUGCGCUGUGCACCAGACAAAAGCUUGAAUACUUGUGUUGUAUGCUUGUUCCAACCGCUGCUUGUGUGAGCAUUUUUGUGCCUUGUAACAGAAAAUAUACUUCUAAGUUCCAAAAAUGGUCACCUUAAAAUGAUCAUUUUUAAUGCAUCACUAAAGCCUUUUCAAAAGUAAGCCUAGCUGCGAAAGGCAUGCAGCUGACUUUUUGAUUCCAAGAUUGUUGAUUGAUU